UCGUCAUGAAUGGGAUCCGCAGAGUUCAGGCGAGAGGAGGCGAGAGGCGCAAAGGAGGGGAGAUUUCUCGCCUGCCGCUCGCGCUGGGGCUCGAUGUGAAUAUAUAUUAUGUCUGCCUGUUCUCCCCUCGUCGGUGGCUAAGGUCAAAAGCUACGAACAGACCCCGGGAGGAGGGGGGCAGAACAGGGAGGGGGGUCCGGCGUGCCACGUGACCCCCAGGGGUGCCAAUGUCCGGUCGUGAGGGUAUCAGACCCUUGCAAGUUGCCACCCACUGCCCGGGCCUCGCCAAGCGAUGCAGAAAGCCACCUAUUACGACAACGCCGCGUCGGCACUCUUCGGAGGCUACUCCUCAUACCCUGGCAGCAAUGGUUUCGGCUAUGAUGGGCCCCCCCAACCCCCUUUCCAGGCCGCCACGCAACUGGAGGGCGACUACCAGCGCUCGGCGUGCUCGCUGCAGUCCCUGGGCAAUGCCGCCCCGCAUGCCAAGAGCAAGGAGCUCAACGGCAGCUGCAUGAGGCCGGGCCUGGCCCCGGAGCCCCUGCCCGCCCCGCCGGGCUCACCCCCGCCCAGCGCCGCACCUAUCAGUACCACUAGCAACAGCAGUAACGGGGCCGGGCCCAGCAAAAGCGGCCCUCCCAAGUGCGGUCCUGGCUCCAACUCCACCCUCACCAAACAGAUAUUCCCCUGGAUGAAAGAGUCGAGGCAAACGUCCAAGCUGAAAAACAGCUCCCCCGGCACAGGUACCAGCUCUCUGCCUUCCUCGCCGUCAGCUUUUGUCCGGGCCAGGAAUGUCAGUGUUAUUCUAACACCCAGCCCCUCUUCGGGGGGCCCCUCCCCCGCCGGCAGCCCUCCGCAGCCCAUGCAGUCAACCGCCGGCUUCAUGAACGCCUUGCACUCCAUGACCCCCAGCUAUGAGAGCCCGUCCCCGCCCACCUUCGGCAAAGCCCACCAGAAUGCCUAUGCGCUGCCCUCCAACUACCAGCCCCCUCUCAAAGGCUGCGGCGCCCCGCAGAAGUACCCCCAGACCCCGGCGCCCGAUUACGAGCCUCACGUCCUGCAAGCCAACGGGGGCGCCUACGGGACGCCCACCAUGCAGGGCAGCCCGGUUUACGUGGGCGGGGGCGGCUACGCGGAUCCGCUGCCGCCCCCUGCCGGCCCCUCCCUCUACGGCCUCAACCACCUUUCCCACCACCCUUCGGGGAACCUGGACUACAACGGGGCGCCCCCUAUGGCCCCCAGCCAGCACCACGGACCCUGCGACCCCCACCCCACCUACACAGACCUCUCCUCUCACCAUGCGCCUCCUCCUCAGGGUAGAAUCCAAGAAGCGCCCAAAUUAACACACCUGUGAUGGGAGAUGGAGGGCUGAGGGAUGAGGUCCUGGAGUAGGGGAGACCCAGGAGGGGCAGAGGCUGUGGAGCUCUGGGGGGAAGUCUGGAGUCUGAAAGAAGGGGCAGGGAGGUGGCAGCCAGGCUUUCUGGGAGGAAAGGGCCUUGGGGCUCCUUCCCCUCCCCCUGGCCUGAGAGGUUGCUCUUUAAAAAUGUCCUGCAGCCCUUGGUCAGUUUGCUUGCCAACCCACUGGAAAGGAAUCCACAGCAGAUUGGAGAUGACCCCAUCAACCCCAGGCCUCCAGCAAUACCCAGUUGGAAUUCCACCCUCAGGAAUGGAAUAGAGGAAGAGGAGAUAGGGAAACAGGCAGAGAAGCACAUUUCAAAAAAAAGACAAGAUGGCUAGGCCAUCACCAGCCAACUUACCUUCCAUCUCUGUGUCUCUGUGGUUAAUUCUUCCAAAUCUUGAUUUUUUUUCCUGACAAUUCUCCUUAAAGAAAAAAUUUGAAACACAUUUCAAAAACCCAAGGGCACAAAACACGUCCCCCUCCCACUUUCCUGAAACUUCAAAUUUCUUCACAUGUAUUUGAGGUUGAUUGGGCACUGCCUCCAUUUCUAGUCACACAUUUUCCUGCUCUAGGACAUUAAUAUCUAUACCCCGCCCCCAUCAAUUAUAGUCUUCAGAGGGCUCAGGGAUGGUGAGAGAUCCUGAAAGUCAGAGCUGUCUAUAUUAUAAAUAUAUAUAUAUAUUUAUGGAAAAGCUGGGAGGUGAGGGCAGGCAAGUUGUCAGGACUGAAGGUUUGCCCAUUCCGCAGUCUCCCAUGUCAGCUCCAGGUCCAUCCCCCUCUCGCCACAGAAAGCAGUUGGCAGCACGCGGUUCUACACUUUUAUUUUCUUCUGUUGCUCUCUUGACUUAACGUGAAAACAGGGUAUAUUUUAACAAACUGUCUGUCCCAGGCAGGGGCUGCAGCUGGGCCUUUGAGCCUUGCUCAACCCUGAACAGGACACUUUUGUUGCACUUAGAGUUUACAUUUUAAUGGAUAUAAAAACAACUGUGAGAGAUGCCUGGGCCUGCAGGAGUCUAGCAUCGCUCAAAAAGUGUGUGUUCUAGUGAACAUUUUCAUAUAUAUUUAUUGGUUAUAGCCUGUUAAAAUAUUUUCUUUUUUGUAUUAUUUAUCCCCCUACAUUAUGUAUUUAUAUGAGGGAAAAAGGAAAAAAUUGUACUUUUUUUAGUAUUUACUUGUUAUAAAGGACGUUGUGUUCCCUGUCAUGUAAAACCAGCUAUUUUAGUUAUUGUACUCUAGAAAAGAGCUGUAGAUUUAUGUUAAACUCGUACUUAUGAGCAAUUGUAAUUAGUUCUAAAAGGCAUGAACUCAGCUCCUAAUUGUCACUGUAUAGUCCUGAAUUUGUAGAAUUAGAGUUAAUUCCCUCUUGGAACUUUCUUUGUUCUUCUGUAGUUACUUUUUUCCUUACUUAAAAGGGUUGUCUGUCAAACAAUUCUUGAAUAAACUUUCUGUUAUCAAUUUUA